AUGGAAAACAAGUAUCAUGCUUUGAUAAAUUCAACACCAGUGGAAGGGGUGCCUGCCCGGCUGUUUGACCUUUGCAAGCAAGCGUCCGUGGUCAAGGAGUUCGUGGUUGGAGUAUCAGAAUGCUGUUUGGCGUGGAAGACAAGAGUGAACCCGGGGUUCUUGGUGCGGGCCAUGGCUGAUGCCUAUAUUCAGAGAGUCGUUUCCCCGCAGGGGAAGUUAGGGAUCAUGUAUAUUUUCAAUGACAUAGUUCAAAAAGACCCAGCAUCUUUCGCUGUGGUGGGAUUCCGUCAUUUCCUACGUAUUAUUGCCCCGUCUGUGGGACAGCUACCUGACCCGAUUAAACAGGCGCAUACGCGUGUCCUGCUUGUGCUGCAGCAACGAAAUAUCUAUACUGCUGCCCAAGUUAACCAAAUUAAAAAGACUUUCAACUUGGACCAUAAUGAGCAACAACAAAAGUUAUUAAGCGUUCUGGAAGUCACAGAUGAUCAGCAAAGACUGAGACGGGCAUUUACUAUCAGCGACCCCACAGAAAAGGGAUUAAUACAAGCUGCAGCAAAAGCUACCACUCUACUCUGCUCAGAUCCCAAAACUAGCGAGGAUGCUAUCAAUUGGGCAACUGUCUUACUCAAUACAGCUGGACUCUCCAUAGACAGUCCCAUAGAAACAUUCAAAGGCCGUAAGAUCCCGGGCGCACAUAAUCUUGAACUUAUUUCUGGGAAUACGCACGCUAACGAUACUCUCUAA